AUGAAUCAGUCCACAGAACCUCUCGCCACCACCAGCGGCACCGCCGGUCCUCCUAUCAACGAACCCAGUGCCACCACCAGCAGCACCGCCAAUGGCACCAGCAAGAUAGACACCAACGCCCCUCACACCCAUACCAACACCGAUCCCCCCUCCCCCCCAACAUCCCCAGUUCUAUCAACCGGAAACCCAACCCCAACCGCAAAACCCGCCUACAAAAUCCUCCCGCAAUACCACUCAAAGGCCUCUCACCUCCGCGUCGCCUGCAUCGGCGCCGGCGCCUCGGGCCUCUGCCUCGCCUACAAAAUGACCAAGAUGCUCACGCCCGAGACAUGGACCCUCACCCUCUUUGAGAAAAACCCCCACUUCGGCGGAACCUGGUACGAGAAUACAUACCCGGGCGUCGCAUGCGACAUCCCCUCGCACCUGUACACGUUCUCCUUCGACCCGAACCCCGAGUGGAGUCACUACUUCGCGUAUGGGGACGAGAUUCAGCGGUAUUUCGAGGGGUUUGCCCGCCGGUUCGAGUUGGAGAGGUAUAUGAAGUUGAAUUCGAAGGUCAUCGAGUGUCGGUGGGAUGCCAGGGAGGGGAUUUGGGGGCUGAAAGUGGAGGAUACGCGGACGGGGAGGGUCUGGGAUGACUGGGCGAAUGUCGUCGUCAACGGGACGGGGAUACUAAAUUCGUGGAAGUGGCCGGAUAUCCCGGGGAUUGACGACUUUGCGGGCCCGAAGAUGCAUUCUGCGGCGUGGGACCACGAUGUUGACUUCGACGGUAAGGUUGUCGGUGUGAUUGGGACUGGUUCAACGAGCGUGCAGAUCGUCCCCGAGCUGCAAAAGACAUGCAAGCAGGUGCAGGUCUACAUGCGCAGCCCGACCUGGAUCUCCCCGCCCUUUGGAGCCACUGCACUCACGCAGGACCUUCGCAAGGGCGUGGACGCGGACCCAGGUCGUCGACAGUACGAGUUUACAGAGGAAGACAAGCGGCGGUUCCGCUCGGACCCAGAGCACCACCUGUCCUUCCGCAAGGGGAUCGAGGCCGAGAUCAACGGGCUCUUCGGGAUGUACCAGCAGGGGUCGGCGCUGUCCGAUGCAUUCAGGAAGAAUAUCACCGAGGAGAUGAUGAGGCGGAUGGGGCCCGGACAGGAGGAGCUCAAGAAGUUUAUAAUUCCCAAGUUUGCGCCAGGGUGUCGACGGAUUUCGCCUGGGGACGGGUAUCUUGAGGCGCUGGUGCAGCCGAAUGUCAGGCCUGUUUUUGGGGACAUUGAGAGGGUUACCGCCGAUGGGAUUGUUAUGAAGGAUGGGGAGGAGCAUAAAAUGGAUAUUUUGGUUUGCGCCACGGGGUUCAAUGUUGCGUUCAAGCCUGCGUUUGCCGUGAUCAAUGGCGAGGGCAAGACUGUCCAGGAGGACUGGGGCGAUGGCGUCAACUUGUACUUGGGCGUGUCUGCCCCGAGAUUCCCCAACUACUACACAAUCGUCGGCCCCGGCGCAACCUGGUCGAGCGGAACCCUCCUCCCCUCCAUCGAAACAACCGUCGAAUACAGCGUGAAAUGCAUGCGCAAGAUGCAGACCGAAGCCAUCCGGUCCAUGGCCGUUAGCCAAGCCGCCGUCGACGACAUCUACGAGCACUUUGACGAGUUCCACAAGACGACCGUGUGGCAGGAAGAAUGCCGCAGCUGGUUCAAGGAUGGGAAGAGAAAGAAUCGGAUCUAUCUCUGGCCCGGGCCCACGGUGCAUUUUCUCAAGACGAUCAAGGAGCCCAGGUAUGAGGAUUAUGAGAUUGAGUAUCGGCAUCGGAAUCGGUUUGCGUUUUUGGGGGAUGGGACGGUGAAGGCGGGGGUGGAGGGGGAUCCCCUGGGGUUGGCGACGUACGUGCGGAGUAGUGAUCAUGAGUGGGAGGUUGCUUGA